AUGAGGCCAUUCCAUUCACUUGUUGGCAGUUUGCGCAAUGUCUCGAUAACUCACUGCCGGGAAAUCAAGUCAGGAGCCUUCUCAGACGUGUACUGUGCCAACAAUGUCCUAAACCGUUAUGCGAAAUCUCAGCACAUGUGCCUUGCACACCAACUGUUCGACGAAAUGCCUCACAGAGACACUGUGUCUUGGAACACCAUUAUCGCUGGACAUGUGAACUGCAGGCAGUUGGAGGCGGCGUGGGACGUGCUAAGAAGCAUGAGAAGAUGUGGGUUUGGUUUUGAUGGGUAUACAUUUGGAAGCAUACUUAAGGGUGUCGCUUGUGCGCUUCGGUGUGAUCUUGGGCAGCAAGUGCAUUGCGUGGUUGUUAAGGUAGGUUAUGAGAGUAAUGUGUACUCUGGGAGUGCUCUUUUGGAUAUGUAUGCGAAAUGUGGGAGAGUUAGGGAUGCGUAUGCGGUGUUUGACUCGUUGCCGCAACACAACUCUGUUUCAUGGAAUGCGCUGAUUGCUGGGUAUGUGCAAGGUGGUGAUCGCUGUGCCACGUUUUGGCUGUUGAAUUGUAUGGAGCAGGAGGGCAUGCAGCUCGAAGACGGCACGAUUGCUCCGGUUUUGACAUUGCUUGAUGAUGCUGAGUUUUACGAGUCGUUGGUACAGAUACAUUGUAAAAUUAUAAAACAUGGUCUGGGAUGUGAAAAUACCGUCUGCAAUGCCACAAUAACUUCAUAUUCAGAAUGUGGGUCGAUAGAAGAGGCCGAAAGAGUGUUUGAUGGUACUUUUGGUACAAGAGAUUUGGUGACAUGGAAUUCCAUGCUAGCAGCGUACUUGCAUCACCAAAAAGAACAACUUGGUUGCAAGCUCUUCUUGGAGAUGCAAAGGCUUGGGUUUGAACCUGAUAUCUACAGUUAUACUAGCAUCAUCAGUGCAUAUUCUGAACAGAUACACAACAAUCAUGGGAGAUCCUUCCAUGGGCUGGUUAUAAAAAGGGGACUACAAAACUCCGCACCAAUCUCUAAUGCAUUAGUUUCUAUGUAUCUCAAGUCAAGUAACAAUUCCAUGGAGGAAGCACUUCAGAUCUUUGAAUCCAUGGAGUUUAAGGACCGUGUUUCUUGGAACUCCAUUUUGACUGGGUUUUCGCAAAAUGGGUGGAAUGAAGAUGCCUUGAGAUUAUUUGGGGAUAUGAGAUAUGGAGAGGUGGAGGUUGAUCAUUAUGCCUUCUCGGCUGUACUUCGGUCUUGCUCAGAUUUAGGAACCCUCAACCUGGGUCAACAGGUUCAUGCUUUGACACUUAAAUCAGGGCUUGAAUCCAAUGAGUUUGUAGCCAGUUCUUUGAUCUCUAUGUAUUCCAAGUGCGGCAUCAUUGAUGAUGCUAGAAAAUCAUUUGAAGAGACCCUUAAAGACAGCUCAAUCACUUGGAAUUCAAUCAUUUUUGGAUAUGCACAAAAUGGGCAGGGAUAUGUUGCACUAGACCUCUUUUCCCAAAUGAAGAAGCAAAAGGUGAAACUUGAUCACAUAACAUUUGUGGCUAUUUUAACUACUUGUAGCCACAUGGGUUUGGUUGAACAAGGAUGCAACUUUCUAAAGUCUAUGAAUUCUGAAUAUGCAAUUGCACCACGAAUGGAGCAUUAUGCUUGUGCAGUAGAUCUUUAUGGGCGAGCUGGAUGUCUAGAUAUGGCAAAAGCCUUGAUUGAGGAAAUGCCAUUUGAACCUGAUGCAAUGGUGUGGAAGACUUUACUGGCUGCCUGCAGGGCUUGUGGUAAUAUUGAAUUAGCAAGUCAAGUAGCAGACUAUCUGCUAGUGCUAGAGCCUGAAGAGCACUGUACUUAUGUUCUUCUUUCUGACAUGUAUGGACAUCUUGAAAGGUGGGAUGCUAAAGCUAGUGUAAAGAAGCUUAUGAGGGAAAGAGGUGUUAGGAAAGUGCCUGGUUGGAGUUGGAUAGAACUCAAGAAUGAGGUGCAUGCAUUCAAAGCUGAAGAUCAUUUACACCCUAAUUGUGAAGAGAUAUAUUUUGUAUUGAGAAUUUUAAUGGAUGAAAUGAAAAUGCUGGACAUUGUUGCUACUACUUUGAAACAGUUGUUGGGUGAGGGAGAUGAUUAUGGGACUUGAGGCGCUGUGGGAGUUGGAAAAACCUAGUUGCUAUAUGCACCAAAUUCCAAAUUCUUUCUGCCCAAUGAGAGAGACUCUUGUGCCCUUGCUCAAUUUUAUCCACAUUCAAGUUGUCUUCUUCCAGGGUUCACAGCAACUAAGGCUAUGGCAACCACUCCAAAAAUCAUACUUAAAAUCAUGGCCAUCACGUAGUGAGAAUGAACUUGGCCAGGAGAUCAAAUGACCAAUCUGAACAAUGCUGUGGGAGUAAUGAGAUAUGCUCUCAUGAAGUUCUUCGAAUGGUGAAUGUGAUUCUG